AUGGAACUAGCCAAUCUCUUGGAGACCUGGUCUCAGGUGGAGGUGGAGGCAUCGCCCACUUACCUGCUCUGUAACGGGCAGCCCAAUCCAGAGAACCGCCAUGUAGCUGCGCUCAAGUGCAGAACUAGUGUCGGCGGCCACAUUCGGCUCCCAAAGGGAGACGGCAUGCCACGCUUGGAGGGGGAAGAGCGGCCCGAUGACAUGACUCGUACAGGAGUACAAGUCAUCUUCACCAUGGUUCUUCUGUUUUCAGGGACGUGCUACGCAGCUGUGGAAGGCCCCUGGUGCUAUGAUGAAGAAUCUUGUGGUCCGUCAACAUGGAUUGCCCAUGGUCAUUGUGGUAACAGUAGACAGUCUCCCAUUGACAUCAUCACUACCAACGUUAUCUUCAACUCCACCUUGGGCCGUGUCACCCUUUCUGGCUAUGACAACUACAAGAAACUGCAGGAAAUGACGAACACAGGGAAAACAGUUUAUGUCAAACUGAGGGAUGGUCUCUUCCUCAGUGGGAAUGGCCUUCCAGAUGUAUACACAGCCAAAAGCUUGCACUUCCAUUGGGGAAACGGUGCUGCACAUCCUGGAUCUGAGCACUGUAUUGAUGGCAAACAGUACUCUAUGGAGUUUCACAUUGUGCAUACCAGAAACAACAUGAGCUUGACGGAUGCACUGGAUGACGCAGAAGGAAUCGCUGUGCUGGCCUUUUUUGUCCAGGCUUCUGACAGUGCCAAGGGCAAGACAGCUAAAGCGUGGGAAUCCUUUUCUAAGAACCUCCAAAAAGUCACUAAGAAGGGUUCAGAUACAGAAAUUCAAAGCACCGUCUCCCUCCAGGACCUAAUGGGCGCCACUAAUCUUGCCCGCUAUUACCGCUACAGCGGGUCUCUCACCACUCCCAACUGCGACGAGGUGGUCAUCUGGACUGUCUUUCCCGAUCCCAUUCUGGUGCCCACCAAAGUGGUGGCAUGUUUCCCACUCGAUCUCCGUGCUACAGAUUCUUCUACGGGGCCUCACCUGGUCAACAAUUUCCGCCCCCCGCAGGGAGUCCACAAUAGAAUGGUGGAAGCAUCUGCCUUAUUGAAGCCUCGCUCAGCCGCCUCCCAAACCUCACAGCCAGUGUCACUCAUCCCAUUCUUACUGGGCAUCAGUGCUGUCUUACCCAUAUAA